AGAUAAUAAAAAGGAUAUCCGCGAACAAGGGGACAAUCUCUGCGCGCUUGUCAAGGGAAAGGAUCUAUAUGAACAAAAGGGUUUACGACGUUCGUUCUCUAUCACAGCUAACUGUGUCUAAAAGUAAAUUAUUUAAAGCCAUCGAACCGGGAAUCAGGUAACAACAACUACAUGAUGGCAGUCGAUAGAAAAGCCCUUCAGAAAUAUCUUGACUUACCUCAGCCCGAGGAUAGAGUCCAGUGCAUGUACGUGUGGAUUGACGGCACGGGAGAGAACCUGAGAGCCAAGACGAAGACCGUCAACUUCGUACCGAAAGAUCCUAAAGAAUUACCGAUCUGGAAUUACGACGGUUCCAGCUGUUACCAGGCGGAAGGUUCCAACGCCGACGUGUACCUGCAUCCCGUGGCGCUGUACAACGAUCCUUUCCGCAGGGGAAACAACAAAUUGGUGUUGUGCGAGACGUAUAAAUAUAAUCGUAAACCUACAGAUUCCAACCAUAGAAAAACUUGUCUCGAAGCGAUGAACCAAGUUAAAGAUCAGCAUCCAUGGUUUGGUAUGGAGCAAGAAUACACUCUGCUCGAUUCCGAUAACUAUCCUCUCGGUUGGCCUAAGAACGGUUAUCCCGGACCUCAAGGACCGUACUAUUGUGGUGUUGGAACUAACAAGGUCUAUGGGAGAGAAGUUGUAGAAGCUCAUUAUCGAGCAUGUCUUUAUGCCGGUAUUAACAUAGCCGGAACAAAUGCAGAAGUUAUGCCUGCUCAGUGGGAAUUUCAAGUUGGACCAUGUGAAGGUAUAAAUAUUGGCGAUGAUUUAUGGAUGGCCAGGUUUCUCCUUCAUAGAGUUGCAGAAGAAUUCAAUGUCGUCGUCUCUCUCGAUCCCAAACCCAUUCCCGGUGACUGGAAUGGUGCAGGUAAUCACACCAAUUUCAGCACUCAAGCUAUGAGAGAAGAAAAUGGAAUAAAAGCAAUUGAAGAUGCAAUUGAAAAACUCAGAAUAAACCACAAACGUCACAUCAUGGCCUAUGAUCCAAAACAGGGAAAAGACAACGAACGUCGUCUCACGGGCAAACACGAAACAUCGAGCAUUCACGAUUUCUCUGCGGGAAUUGCCAACAGAGGAGCAAGCAUACGCAUCCCACGACAGGUGGCAGACGAAAAAAUGGGCUAUCUAGAGGACAGGAGGCCCUCGUCCAACUGUGAUCCGUACGUCGUCUCCGAAGCACUCGUCAGAACAGUCUGUCUGGGAGAAUAAAUCGCACCAGAUUCCGAAAACACCCGUAUUCAGAUCCAGUCUAGCGUAGAAAAAAAAAACUUAGUUGUUUUUUUAAUAUUUAUGUAAAUACUGCUGCACUCUUUUAUUCUCUUCCUUCAGUUUAGCGAUUCCCAUACUAGUUGUCCAUUUUUUACAAAACACGUUUCUGAAGUUUCUAUGUUAUUUUAUAAAUGUACUGUAUUUAAACAUUGGCCAUUUUUAUUUGGCCCAUUUUUAUGUAUAUAUAGUAUACGACUGUAAUCAGACUGUCAAGUUUGUUGUGCAAAAGAGGAAAUAAAGUAUUAAAAUCUUAAAGUAUAAAAUA